AUGGACGUUGACCUAAUGUUUCUGCAAGAGCGGUGCCGCAAGGACCCUCUCUCCUACCGUGACGACUUCCUGACGCAGCAUCGCCACUUUACGGCCCUUCUCACCACCACCUCUCUGCGCCCGUCCGCGCCGGCCCCGCGUCUCACGGAAGUUGCCUCCUUCAUGGGCGCUGUCUCUCACUGUUACGAACCCACGAAGCCUGCCGUCGCCCCCUCCAUCGCCGCCCUUCUCACCCAGUCAGGCCCGGCCAUGCACCCCGACACCCGCCGCUCCCUGGUCAAGCUGCUCGCCCUGCUGCGCGCGCGCGGCGGCGCGGACCCCGCCCUCGUCAUUCCACUCUUCUUCAGGCUCCUCGUUUGUAACGACAAAGUCCUCCGCGGCAUGCUGCACGGCCAUAUCGUCAGUGAUAUUAAGAAGCUCCAGGCGAGUGGCCACUCGUGUCGACGGCCGCUGCAGACGUUUUUGUUCGGUAUGGUCGAGGACAAGAGCGAGGUGCUCGUCAAGCGCAGCUUGCACGUCCUCGUCGACUUGUUUCGCAAGAAGAUAUGGAACGACGCUAAGUGUGUCAAUAUGAUCGCCACGGGCUGCUUUCACCCCGCCACCCCGGUGGCGAUCAUCGCAUCAAAGUUUAUUCUGGACUCGGAAAGCAAGAGCGCCGACUUGGACUCCGAGGAUGAGGACGACGACGACAGGGACAGAUCGAAGAACAGUUGCGACGGGCAGAAGGCGUCCAAUAUGUGGCGCGCGUAUAACAUGACAGGCAAGAAGAGCUCCAAGAAGCGCAAGCGCAUGGAGCGCGUCAUCAAUCGCCUCACGCGGGUGAAGAGCGUUGCAAAUAACGGCGCCGUGGUCGAACAUAAGCCGGGCCAUCCAGCCUUUGAGGCCAUGGUGCUCAUCAAUGAUCCGCAGGAGUUCGCGGAGCGGCUCUUUAGCGACCUGCAGAACCGGAGGAGGAAGGAGAGCUUUGAGAACCGACUCGUUUUUAUCAACCUAAUCUCGCGGUUGAUGGGGACACAUGAGCUUAUCUUGUUCAACUUUUACCCGUUCCUGCAGCGCUAUUUGCAACCGGCGCAGCCAGAGGUUACCCGUGUGAUGGCAUAUUUGACACAGGCUUGUCAUGAUAUGGUGCCAUCGGAUGUGCUUCAUCCUAUACUGCGCGGGCUGGCGGAUAGUUUUGUAUCAGAGCGAAGCUCACCGCCGGCGAUGGCAGCAGGCAUUAAUACGAUACGGGCGAUUUGCGCGAGGGUGCCUUUGGCGAUUUUGGAUGGAGAGAAUGAGGAUAAGCCGGAGGCGGAGCAGGAGGCGCCAUUGCUCCUGGAUCUGGCACAGUACAAGACGUAUAAGGACAAGGGGGUUAUGAUGGCUGCGCGGUCUUUGAUUGGGUUGUAUAGAGAGGUGCACCCGGGUUUGCUUCACAAGAAAGAUCGCGGCCGCGCUGGGGCUGAAGCUGUGCAGCAUGGGGCCUCGGCGAAUGCAAGGGCGUACGGAGAGCUCAGAUACGCGACGGGGGUAGAUGGCGUGGAACUCCUGGCCCAGCCAGACUCUGAUGAUGAGCUCGAAGAUUCUGAGGGCGAGCCAGAGGAAGUGAGAGGCGAGAAAGACAUUUCAGAGGAAGUGGAUAAUGCUGAUGCUGGUGAUGGUGAUGGUGAUGGUGAUGGUGAUGAUGGUGGCGAAGAGGACGAUGACGACAUUCACAAAAACAAAUCACGAUCCGACGCAAAUGAUGAUUCUGGAACUGCAGAGGCUGCGAAGCUCUCAAAUGACGUUGAAGAUGAUUCACAGAGCAUGGGACAGGAGGGAGAGGGGCGCAAAGACGCGAUGGAGGUGCUGUCCAACGAGGAUUUUGCCAGGAUUCGUGCGCGUCAGGCAACACAAGCUCUCGGGGGCAAUGCGCUCACAGCCAAUACCGGCAAGGCUGUAGACCCCCAGGAACUUCAAGGCCCGAUCAAACACGAGCGUAAAACGCUAUCCGAACGGCUCGAAAGUGUGAUCGAAGGGAGGGAAGGGCGGGACAAGUUUGGGAGUCGCAAGGGGCAGAACAAGGGCGGGGGUAGCACGAAUAAGAAGAAGCUGAAGACGAAGUCCAACUCGAUGGUCAUUCACAAGCGUCGGAAAGGGAGCAAAAUUGGUCGAAGGGAGAAGCAGCUGUCGAAGAGGAAGAAGAGGGAUUACAAAUAA